AUGUCACCUUGCCCAGGCCAAGAGGGGGAUCAUCCGUUCAAGCUGGAGGGUGAUGAGAUGAUGGCUGCACAACGGUAUGAGGAUGCUGUACGACUGUACUCAUCACUGCUUGACUUACAGCCAUCCGAAGUUCGUGUAUGGGGCAACCGAGCGCAGGCAUACCUGUACCUAGGGCGCUUCGAAGAGGCAGAGAGGGACGCAACGAUGGUUCUGGGAAUCGAUCCUGACAACAUCAAGGCCCACUAUCGACGUGGAUGGGCGCGGCUGAAACUAAGAACCCCAAAUGUGAAGGGCGGGAAGGAAGACCUGGCUAGAGUCCUGUCGCAAGAGCCUGGCAACAAAGCGGCAAGGGACUUGCUGCAGAACUUCGAAGAACGGGGCCUUGACGAAGAUGCGGGUGUGGCGUUGACCGUCGUCGAAGACGACAGUGAGGAUGGAUGCUCGUGGUGCCCAGUGUCGACGAUGCCCGGAAGGGAUGAAGACGAGCGGGCCUCACUUGAUUUUUGGAGGAAAGGCGAACAGUUUAAAAGCAAUAAGAAGUGGCAGGAGGCUCUGGGCUGUUUCAAUAGAGCGGCCGUUGCUAACCCGUUGAACUCCAAGAAUUGGGUCAGCAUUGCAGAGGUUCACCGUGAGCAGGGGAACCACAGGGAGAGCGAGGAAGCUUCGCGUCGGGCUGCAUGUAUUGCACUGAACCAACGGCAGGACUGAUGUUGCUUGAGGGAUGUUCGUCCUGGUUGCGCGAGCGCCACCAAAAGAGCAACUUGGGGCACAAAAAAAAGGAACCGGUUGUUGUACGUUUCGGUGGUAAUGUGCGGUGUACUCGAGGGUAACGUCACGCCAGCUUGAGUUUUCUUCAACCCGAACUAUCCUGCUCCGCUUUGGGAGAGGAUUGCCUCAAAAUCGAACUUCCUCAG